AAUGAUAUAGUAAACACAAUUAUAAUUUAAAAUAUUUGUUAAAACUUUUAUUGAAGUAAAAUGUUAUCACUUGCGUCAAUGACAUUGUUUCGUGCUAGUCGUUAUACACAUUUGGUUGUCUAUGUCAAUAAGUUUCACACAUCUUUUACAAUAUAUUUAGAUCAAACCUGGAGAGAAAAGAAAGGUUUGGUAAAAAAUCCACAUCAUGUUGGCCCAAUCAUUACUUCACCAGAUUAUUCUUUUAAAGAUAGUAGACCUAUUCCAUAUGGUGUAGGACAAUUAAGACGUAUACAGAAGCAUCAAAAAUAUGUGAAGCAGGUUGUUCAAUUGGUUGGGGAAAUUGAUCGUGCAGUAGAACGACAUGCUAUGUUAAUGAAAGAAAAGGAAGAUGAAAAACAAAAGAUUCUGGAUAGUAAAUUGAAACCCAAAGGGCAAAAAUUAAUUACUAGUACAUAA